AUGACAAAUACAUUUGAACCGAGCACAUCUGUAACAGAUUCUAUUUGUCGAGCUAUUAAAUCUCAAUUUGAUAUUGAUGCGGUGGAAUCAAAAUCUUUAUCAAUAAUCAGAUGUAAUCAAGGAUGCAGUUGCAACGUAUUUGAAAUUCAAGUAGAUCCAGGGAAAACAAGUUUUAUUGCUAAAUUCCCACGUGAUGACGAUGCUAAACACGGAUUAAAUUUAGAAAUGUCGUUAUUAAAGUACUUGAAUGAACUGAGUAAUUUGGCUCCAUUACCAUUUCAAAUUCCUCAACUUAAAUUACAUUAUCACACGUCAGAAAUUCCAUUUUCUCUACAUAAAAAAGUCCCUGGAUCACAUUUAACAACAGAAGAAUAUGAAAACUUGAACGAAUUGGCUAAAAACAAUUUAGCUUUGAAAAUCGCAAAAUUUUAUCAACAAUUACAUUUGAUUCCUAUUAGUAAGGUUGAAGCAAUAUUUGUUGAUUUGGAAGUUCGGGAAUUAUUAUCACCAUAUAAUGAUAUACUAAUUGAAUCCACAAUUAAGAAAAACCGUAAACUAUUGAAUGAGAAAUAUCAAUUUACAGAUGAAAAUAUUAAUUUAAUCUAUUUUGCUUUAAAAGAAUAUCGUCGAGUAAUUUCUGAACUUGAUACUGCUAAUAGAAUAUUAGGACAUUUUGAUGUACAUGGAGAAAAUCUUGGUUUUGAUCAUAAUCGCGAGGAAUUAAUUGGUAUAUUCGAUUUUGCCGAUUGUGGGAUUGGAGAUUUUCAUUUGGAAAUGCAUACUUCAAGUUGGAUUUCUAUUGAUUUAUCUAGAAGAAUUAUUAACUUUUAUCAACAAUUAACAAAUAAACAAGUGAAUCGAACUAAAGUUCAUUUAUUUACAUUAAUGUGUCGAUUAGAUGACUAUGCAACUUUAAUGGAUCGCAUUGAAAAUGGAAGAGAAAGUUGUACAGAAGCCGAAAUUAAAAUUGUAUUUGAACGUAUUCCACAAUGGAUAGAAAUUCUUAAAAAGUAUGAUAUCGAUUUGAAAGAAAGCUAG